CGGUCGCACGGUGAUGACGCGUCAGCCCGGAUCACACUCUGCGACGCGCUUGUUAUUCUUCGUGAGGAGCUCAUUCGGUUGAAACGUGUUUCCAGUUAAACACACGUUUAUUCCAGCGGCUCAACAAAAUGUCUUGUCACGAAGAGUGCUCCGACCACGACCUGCGAGGCCAAUCCAAGCUGGAGAGCUUCCUGUUCACCUGCGAGUUGUCCUCCAAAGUCCCUUUCUACACUUUCCAGGCGGACGAAGAGGAAGACCUGGAGCACUUCCUCGAGCUCAGAACGAUUUGUCUGGGAGAAGGCGCCAAGGAGGAGAGCAACGUGGUGGAGGUGACGGCCAUGAACCACCAGGGAAAGACCACCUCAGUGCCCAUCGCCAACCUCCACAUCAGCUGUCUACCCAUGGUGAGUCUGGGGGAGUUUGAGCUCAAAGCCCCAGUGACGAUCCGACUCAAGGCCGGGUCAGGGCCGGUUAGUGUCAGCGGGCUGCACCUUAUUGCCUCAGAGGUUGACGACUCUGAUCUGUCCGAGGAGGAGAGUGAAGAUGACGAGGAGGAGGAGAUCAUCCCCAUUAAGCCAGCAAAGAAGAAGCAGCAGAAGCAGUAGGCAGAGAGAGAGGUGGCUGAUUCUCACUCACACACACUCUGGUCACUUUUAAGAGACGCCACAGAUUUUUGUACCAGACGGACUCACUCUGCAGAGCUGCUACUUCUUCCACACAGUCACGUGACCGCUCAGCGUGGCGGCAGCUACACACGCUGUGGGAGGAAGGAGCAUCACGACGGGUUCGGGUGUUCUCGCCUCUCCUCUCAGUCUGAGCAGUGUAAUUAACUGCGUUUUAAGACAUUCGCUUAUAGAAGAACUGUUUUUUUCUAAUAUCAAAUGACACCCGGUGUUUUAUACUGUAUAUGAUGCAUGGAUUUACUGCACCUGUGCUUGAAGAGUUUCCGGAUGAUAUUGUUGUUUCAGCUGAAUGGUGCAGUUUACAUUCGUACAGAUUUAUUAAAUGUUUCACAAGAAUCUCUCCAUUUCCAGUUGUUUGUAUUUUCAAAACGGUUUUCCUAUGUGACAUAAAUGUGAAAACUUUGUACACGUA